AUGGCGUUCUUGCAUUCCGUGCUUAAUGAUGUCUAUGAGAAACAGCCUUACAAAGUAGGGAAAGAAAGCCAUUUGAAGAGUGUUGUUGAUGCUUUGAAUGAGAAAUUAUGUUCAGGUCAUGAUGGUUUUAAGAGAGUCAUUGACUUGGUGGCCGAUGGUGUCGGGAGGUAUAAUAAGGAGGUGGAGAGAUCUAAUAGAAAAAUUAAAAGUAAAAUAGAAAGAUUGCUAGAGCAGGUAGGUGAAGAGUUCGAGAGCAUGAUUACGAAGAUUCCUGGUGAAGAAAUUUUUGGUAAACUGCAGUAUAUUGGUGAACAGGUUAGUGAUGCAAAACUGUUUGCCGAAAACUAUGUGGGAUACGGCGCAACGUUUGAGAGUAGGCUUGAGCCCUUGGAAGAGAAUAUAAAUGAUCUCAAUUCACAAUGUAAGAAUAAUGUGACCAACGUAAGAAAACAGAUUAAGCAUGAGACUGAGAGGCUUCGUAAAUUGUCGGAGAAGGAAUGGAAGGACUUGAAAAGUAUGGAAAUGAAGAUUACGACGGUGCUUCAAAAGCUCGGAGUAGACGUUAACGCACAUAUUAGCAGGGAAGUGAAAACACUAGUUGAGAAUUUGAAAGCAUUGGUUCAAAAAAUUAAAGAUUUGCUCAACGACACUUUCAAAAAGCUGGGAAACUGCGUUUUGGAGUUGGAAAACUGGAUGAAAAAUGCGGACACUAUGGUGAAUAGUGCAAUGGAAGGGACGACGGAAAUUGCCGAUAAGAAGCCCGGAAAGAAUAAUCAGGACAUGAUUAACGCAAAAGCGGGGCAGGUUAAAGAUUGGAGUGGUUGGCUUGAAAGGUAUAUUACGCAGCUUACGGAGUUGACCAGCAAAGUGAAUUUGAAAAUAGAGGCGCUUGCAGGGGAGUUUAAGGAUAUAAAAACAGGCGUGCCGAAAGAUAUCAAAGAAAUUUUCGGCCAUAUUAGGAAUAAGGUUGCCUAUAUUAAAGGGACGAAUGAUGCACUCUAUCUAGGACUGGAGGGGGUUAAAGAGAAAGUAAAGGAAUAUGCUAAGUAUUUUAAAAACAAUUUGAAAAAUAAAGGCGCAAAAAUUGAUACGUGGAUUGAUGGAAUUUUCAAGACAAACCCACAUAUUCAUAGCUGGCUUAACGAUUAUGUCAAGCAAAACGUGAGCAAGGGUAAGUUGAAGGAUCUGAGCUAUGAGGAGCAUAAUCGUAAUGCGGUUCGUGAUGCUAUUAAAGAAGAAAUUAGAGUGCUCAUUGAACACAUCAAAGAUGAACCAGAUGGUGGAAAGCCUACGGCAGAAUUAAAUUUGAAGGACAUUCAGAAAUAUCUUGAAGCUGUUGCUGCGGCAAUUGAAACGCAUGUGGAGCCCAUUGCGGCUGAGAAACUUGCUACUAAGAUUGAGACAGUGUCACUGAGCAUCUCAGACGCAGCUCCAAAUACGAAACCAUAUCUCCGAGGAGCCAUAGAGGUAACGCUCCUAGAGCUUUCUUUGAUGAUAAAAUGCUUUGCUGGAGAACUUCAAUCAUUUCUUCUUAAGCCAGAGACGGAUAACAUCGCAGCCAAAAUAGAAGAAACAUACGGGAAUGCUGAGACACUGAACGGUCAACUCAACGAGGCAACUGGACACCCCGCCGGCUCAUCCGGCAAACCUAAUCACGCCAAAAACCUGGACGAGGCAAUUGAGGCUGUAAAAACAAAGCGGUAG